CUGGAAUAUCAGUUUCUUAACGGAAAGCAACCUAAACAGUUCGCAGCGGAUAAAUUCGCGGAAAGUUUUUUUAAAAUCAACCCCAAAUUAAAAAAAGUUUACCAAGUCUCACAAAGUUUUUUGUGUGUUUUUCUACAAAUUCCUUAUUUCAAUUUUUUGUGAAGUUUCAGUUAAUAAAAAAAAAAUUAAAAAUAUGCCUUCAAACAUGAAUAAUAAACUCGACCCAAUGUUUAGUAGUUUGAGUAGUAGUAGAAGGGAGUAUCCAAGUUCAAGUAAUAGCUGCGGCAAAUCGCGCACCAUGUCUACCUCUUCCAACGCCACGACCAUGUCAAAUGAGUCAUACUGUAUCUCUCUCGGCGUAGGGCCUCUGUGGUGGUCCGAUGUCCCUACCCACCACAGAACAGAUCACGAUAGGGCGUCAUUCUUAGCCGAUUUUAAUAGAAAAGCAUCCGUAAGCUCCGUUGGAAGCAACAUCUCCAUAACAUCUUCGGAGUUUUCUGAUAUUGAGUACGCUGAUUCAACACCUGACGAUGUUAUUUCAACUUGUUCCGAUGACGAUUGCCAAGAGGUUGUCAAGAAAAUACUUCAACAUCAACGACCAAUGCGCAUCACCAUCAAGUUGCAUGUUACUGAAAGCAAAUACACUAAAUGGGAUACGGUCUUAAAUCCACUAAACAACAUCUUGUACGUCGUGAUGCCAGAGGUUUUACCUCCAGAAGCAUCAAAGCAAACUUUCCUCUCAUUGUUGGAAUUUGCUGACGAAAAAUUGGACGCCGACGCUGUAGUUCUCUGCAUGCGCAAGGAUCGUUCAGACCGUGCCCGUUUGGUGCAAACUUUCUUGAUUCUUGGCUUCCAGCCGUUGUCACGUAAAUCUCCUCUUGCUCCACCAGCAGAGAAAGUUGAUAACAACAACUGUUUCCUCAUUUACAACAUCGAGGAAUAAACAACAUUUAAGCAACAAUUGUCACAAGUAUUUUCAUCAUCAAAUAACAAAAAAAAAAAAACAUAA